UUCAAUAAUUAAGAACGUUGUGCUGUCCUUGAAUGAAGACUAUUUAGAACUUGAUCAAAAAGUUACUUUGUGUGAGCGUGAUGAAAUUGCUGUGAUUCCACCUAUAAGUGGAGGCUGACUUUAUCUUUUAGUGUUAACAUUUUAUAGUUUAGAGAUAGAGACAUGGAUUUUGUGGAUGUUGUUGAAGAGAAGUUAAAAGUAGAAGAAAUAACUGAUAAAGUUUCCUCUGCUUCAUGUGGGGCUGUGUCAGUUUUUAUUGGUACAACAAGAGAUAAUUUUGAUGGCAAAAGAGUUUUGACGUUAGAUUAUGAGGCCUACCUGCCAAUGGCAAAGAGAAAAAUGCAAGAAGUGUGUCAAACAAUUCGUGAGAAGUGGGAUGUAGAAAAUAUUGCCAUUAUACACAGAAUUGGCCCAGUACCAGUGAAGGAAGCAAGUAUAGUCAUCGCCAUAUCCUCAGCUCAUAGAAAAGAGUCAUUAGAGGCUGUCCAUUUUGCUAUAGACACAGUGAAAGCCAUAGUUCCUGUAUGGAAAAAGGAAAUUUAUGAUGAUGACACAUGCACCUGGAAACAGAAUAAAGAGUGUGCCUGGAGCAGUGACCCUCCAAUGUCCAGUAGUCCAGAUCACAGUGCUGGGACAUCUUCUGGGGAUAAACUUGUCAAGGAGGGGGCCCAGCCACAGCACAUUAUGCAUGAGCAUUUAUAACACAGGAGUUAAGUGCUAGGUUUUUCUUUUGCAAUUUAUAAAAUUAUAAGUGGCUCAUGAAGUGUUUUUGAACAAAUAAAUUAGGAAAGUAAAUAUUUAUAUAAAACUUACAAUUCAUUAUUGUACAUGUAUAUUUUUUUUUAUAACUUUGUUCACAUGAGAUGUAUUAUGUAAUCCUUUAGCGCAUCCAAUAAGCACAAAUAAUAUUUAAUCAAUUGUUCAAUAUUUGUUUUAAAAUUUAAGGUCUUAAAAUGUUGCUGAUAUUGUUGGAUUAUGUAUUCUGAUGACUGUUGUAGCAAAAUUAAGCAGAAGAGACUUUAUUUGGAAUUUUGUUAUACAUUUUUUUUAAUUUCUCUGAUGCUUUGUUUAACAAAUGCAUGUCAUUUCCCCUUUUUGUGUAAUGAGUUUUGAGUAGACACCAACUUUUAAAAUACAAAUAUAGGUACUUUCCUUUGGUAAAUCUGCAUUAAAUUUAUUCUUUUUAAUUUUUGUUUCAUUUCCUACGAUCUCAUCUUAUUGUUUUCACUCAUCUAAUUUUGUGACUGUUAAUUUUUGUGCUUACAAGUUAUUUUUUGUUUAAUGAUAUCUGGAUGACAUUUUUAAAAAUAAAGUAUCCUUAUUAUAAAACAGUGCAACAAUCAGCUGAUUAUAAAUGUACUGAGUGCUUGAAAGUUAACUGUACAAUUUUAUUUCGUUAAAAUACUUACGGAAUCAUCAUUACUAAUGUAUGUUUUAACAAAUAAUUUUUUUAAUGUCCAUUUUAAAAAAAAGAACCCAAACAGAAGUUUACACAGAGCUUGUAUUUAGACUAAAAGAAUUUUUUUAAAGUUAUUUAAUGUUGUGGAAUUAUUUUUCUUUAUUUACAAUAAUUAAUGUGAAUAGAGAACUAACAAAUUUAAUUAAUUUUAUUUGACACAAGCACUUCUUAAGAUGUUUUUUUAUCGACCUAUUCAUCUCUGUUUAUACUGAAACCAUAAGCGAAACAAAUUAAAAAAAGAAUUUUAAAUAAACCUGUAGGUUGAUAAAGAUAUUCAACUUUUCCCUCACAAUUUUCAUUAUACUUACCCUUUCCAAACCUAAUUAUAAAUGUGCCUUACUAAACAAAUGUAUGAAAUAAAUAACUAUUUUAUCUAGAACUUGUUGUGAAUAUUUGUACUGCAUAAAUUAGCCAGAUUUAUAUAAUUUUGUUAAUUUCUUAUUUAAUUUUAGCAUGUCUUGUUUGUUAAACCAUGAAAAUUGAGUUACUUUUUGUGAUAGUUUAUUCCAGAUUUGUUUAAAAAUGACCUAGAUAUAUGUUUAAAAACUGCAUGAUGGUUUUUGAGUUACCGGUUCUUCAGAUGUAUUUAUACAACUUUUUAUUUUAAUAUGUCACCACUUUGUUUGGGUCUUGCUAAACAUGUUGCGCUGUUUAUAAAGCAAUAUCUAUUCAUUGUGCCAGUCAAAUAACAAAAGCUAUUUGCCUAAAGUUAUUAUUGUUUAGUUUAUUCACUAGGUGUUUAUUUUGAUGGCCAAAUGAACUGGUUAAAUGAAAUAUUAUUUCUGGCUCUUGAAAUUAACAAAAAACAAUUGCAAGGUAAUUGAGCUCAUAACUAAUAGCCAUAAAAUUUAAAGUUUGGUUCCUGGGAUGAAUUCAUAGUAUGUCGUUGAGCCCACCCAGCUUUAUUUAGUACCUUUAGAGGUUUGGGAAGUAAAGCGGUGGUCUACUUCAUCUGCCAAUUUAUAGCCAGAUCCAAGAGAAUACUUUGCAGAAGUGCCAACUUCAGAAUAUCCUGUUUUCUCAACAGCCAAUACUCACGAAAAUAUUUAAGUUACACUUCAGUAUAUAUUUUGCAAGUAUAGUCUUAGAAGUUUUUGCUAGAUUUUUCAACCAUAUUUAAUUAGAAUUUAAAAUACCUGUGAUUUUUAUAGAACAAUAA